CAAGUAUUUGACAGAUGUGAAGCUCGCACGCUGAGGGUGCAAGUGUCGACUUAACGGAGAUCCCGUGUGGUGUUUCAGAAUUUAACUCGCAUCCACUUUACGGUUAAUUUCAUAGACAGGCUGAAAGUUUGGUUGUCCCAAGAACAUAGAGACAGCGCGUCUUUCUCCGGUACUGCGAACAAGCUGGAUUCCCGGAGCUCUUCACCAUGUCUGGCGGGUUUUAGAUACUCCAUGGAGCAAGCAAACCUGUACGAGGUCGCCCCACGGCCACUGAUGACCAGUCUUGUACAGAGCCAGCAAAACGCCUAUAUCUAUAAAGACACUGCGAACGCGGGAGACCUGAGCGAAAUCUGCGAGAACGAAAACUCAAUUGACAUCAGCGCGUACAUUGACCCGUCUGCAUUCAACGACGAAUUCCUGGCUGACUUAUUCCAUAACAGCUCCAAACAAGAAAAACUUAAGAUGGCGAGCGGAGAUUACGAGUACCCCCACGGCGCCAGUGGCACACCGGGGGCACCACAGAUGUACAGCUGUCUGAACAACUACGUGGAGUCUUCCAAACUGGAACCGAUCUACGACAGUCCGGCACGAAUGAGACCUGUAGCCAUCAAACAAGAGCCCCGAGAGGAUGAUGAGCUCGGCCACUCGAUGCCACCUACAUACCAUCACUCUCAACACCACCCGCCGCAUAUGUCUUACUUUCAGCAUCAGAUUGCGCACUGUGCGCAAACCACCAUGCAUCUCCAACCGGGACAUCCCACACCUCCGCCGACCCCCGUUCCCAGCCCGCACCACCAACACAACCACUUGCCGGGGGGCUCCAUGAAAAUGGGCGAUCGGGUGAAAUCCAAAAAACAUGUCGACAAGAGCAGCGUCGAGUAUCGGGUGAGGAGGGAGCGCAACAACGUUGCUGUACGCAAGAGCCGGGACAAGGCGAAAAUGCGCAACGCGGAGACGCAACAAAAAGUGAUCGAGCUGUCGGCGGAUAAUGAUAGACUGCGCAAGAGGGUUGAACACCUUUCACGAGAACUGGAGACGUUACGGGGCAUCUUCAGGCAGCUGCCCGACGGAUCGUUUGUUAAAGCCAUGGGAAACUGCGCCUAACGGGACCGAGAGCGGAGUGUGCUGGACUUUUGAAGUUUGUGUGAAUUUACGUCUGCUGGAUAAACCCUGACAGAUUCUGUUUCUAUAGGAGCCAGGCAGCUGCGGUAUACAUGUGCCUUUUGUACAAAACGAUAAGCUCAUCUUCUCACACAUCUGAACUAUGGACUGAAUGGUUGUUGUAGGUGUGUAGGCUAUAGUCCUAUUACGAAUGUGUGUUAGCUACGCGAAACAUAUCAGUGCAGCUAAUGGGCAUGGUUUCACCUGUUAACUUACAUGUCUUCAUAAACCCCCUUUUGCGCCUUGCCCCCUGGUUUAUAUUAUGGACAGCAAUUGAACUACUUUUUUU